CCCGGGACCCCCCCCGGGCUCGGGCGGGUUCUGCGGGAGGCGCUGGAGAGAGCAGGGGAGGCGCUGGGAGAGGACGGAGGCCUCCGGGAGCUGCUGAAGCGGCGCAGGGACAGCUUCCAGGGCCCCCUGAAGUGGCUCCUGUUCCACCGGCCCGUGCCCCCCCUGAUCCAGGAUGGCCCCCAGUGUGGCCUGGUGGCGCUGGCCAUGGCGGGGGCGCUGCUGGGACCCCCCCGGCCCCAAUUGGGUCUGGGGGCUCUGCUGGAGACGGCGCGGGCCCGGGGCUACACCCGCCACGGGGAGAUGUUCUCAGCCGCCCAGCUGGCCGCGCUGGCCCAGGAGCUGCUCCCGUGCCGGGCUGAGCUGCUGCAGGGGGGGCUGGGGGGGCCCAACCUCGGCCGUGUCCUGCGGCACCUCCAGAGGGGCCACCCCCUGCUGGUCCCUUAUGACGAGGACAGCAACCACGGGCCCUGCUGCCGCCGCGGCCACAAGGCCCACUGGGCCCUGCUCAAUGGGCUGCUCCUGGCCGUGCCCGCCCGGGCCCCCCUGGGACCCCAAUUCCUGCGGGACCCCGAGGUCCCCAACGUGUUCCACGCGCGGGGGGGGGCGCUCCUUGGGGGGGGGACUCUGGCCGGGCCUGUGACCUCCCCGGGGCCGGGGGUCCCUCCUGGGGGGCCCGGGGAGGGGUCCCGGGCCCAGGGGAUGUGGGAUUUGGGGCGGGGGUCCCGGUUUGAGGAAAGGUCCCAGGCCGAGGACAUGCCCGGAUUUGGGGAGGGGUCGGGAUUUGGGGUGGGGUCGGGUUUUGAGGAGGGGUCCCAGGCUGAGGGCACGCUCGGAUUUGAGUUGGGGUUGGGAUUUGAGGAGGGGUCGGGUUUUGGGGACGGGUCCGGGUUUGAGGAUGGGUCCGAGGCUGAGGGGGUUCCCGGAUUUGGCUCGGGGUCGGGAUUUGGGUCGGGGUCCGGAUCUGGGUCGGGAUUUGGGUCGGGGGUCCUGGUGCUGGCGCUGCAGGGGAAGAGCCCCCGGCCCCAGCUGUGGCCGCUGGGAGCGCUCGGGGCCAGCAACGCCCAACUGAGCGAGCUGAGCCCCCGCAGGUGGGGAGGGGGCUUCGUGCUGCCCCCCGGGGGGCUGCGGGGCGGGCUGCGGGGCCGCGCCGUGCUGCUGCACCCCCUGGAGACCCCUCCCCAAUAAAAAUCGGCCUUUAGGGAGAGAUUUGGGCGGUUUUGGGGAGUCUGG